UUUUUUGAAAACUUUUUAAAGCUUAUAAAAGAUAAGUUCAUUGUUGACGAUUGUUCAAAAUUAGUUUGAAUAAUGGCGAGCCAACGUAACGCGAUCCUGCUGGUCGGGAUACUAUUUCUGAUUCAACGCGGAACAUGCCAAUUGGACGUCGUUACAACUGGCGUUGAUCCAACAGCAACCACUACUGCUGCGCCUGUUACUGCGCGAACAACAAUCGCAUUUACAAAAACAGGUUUAACAUCGGGAUUCAAUGUUUCAAGCAAAAACAGCAUCCCCAGAGUCCAAGAUCAAACUAACCAGACGCUCGCAGCUUUAAACCAAACCGUUGAAAUCGUGACAACCGCUCUAGCGAACAUCUCAACCGAUGUGAAGGACUCUUUGGAUGAGGCAGUUCAGAACAUAUCGAAGAUUGUCUCAACUGGAGCCGAAUUUAAACUGGUCGAGAACGGAUUGAAAAGUCUCGCGACGGUCGCAAAGACCCUUAUUGAUGCUGCCGACAAGAGAAUGGAUCGUUCUCUGGCAAGUCUGGGAACACUGCUCAAAGCUUCCAUUGCCGCGAUAGUAAAAUUGGAACGAGAUAACCUGGGCAGGAUGAAGCUGUCGUCGGAUGAGAAAACGGCUGCCAGGAACUUGCGAUCACUCGAGAACUCGUUCUACAGAAACCUGUCCACGUGUUUGAGCACGUUUAACGGAAGCAUCUCGUCGGAAAUAGGAACCGUUGAAAACAUGGUGGAUACGUUGCUCAGCGAAGGUCAAUCAACUGCGGCGGAUCUGGCCAAGGCUGGGUGCCCUUCAAAGAGUGUAGUGCCUUGCUGAGGGCAGCUGCUACGACUGUGGCAGCGUGGAAUACUGCCAUCUCCGGUACUCUCAACAAGCUACCAAAUGUUAAUGAACUGACGCAAUGCAUUGCCACUCAGGUUAAUUUGGGCAAGGUGGAGUUUGCAACGUUGUUCAAGAACAUUGCUCCUCCGGUAGAUCUAAGAGCUGUCCUGACGAACAAUACCUAUUCCCUGCAGUCUUUUAUCCGAUCAGCUUUGUCCAAUUUCAGCACCAGCUACCAGAAAAUGAUCAAACCAGUAACCAGUAGAAUCAACCUGCUUCGCACCGUCGUUAGUCGCAACGCUCUAACCGACCCCAAAACGAUCAUUCAAAACAACUUCAAACCGAUCACAACCGUUGACGACUCCACCGUACAGGUUGUCAACACUCUGCUCCCAAAGAUUACCACCCUCCACCGACGGGCAAUCGCCGCUCUCAUCAACAAGGACACCACCGUUUCAGCCAGGAUCAAUCAAGCGAUCGGCAAGGACACCAGCCCCAACGGUACGGCCGAGUGCGAUGCAGCCAUCCAGAACAUCACCGCCAUCAAGUCGACGUUUAACAGCUCCGUAAUCGCGUGCCACCUGACCCUAGAACCGUCAAUCUCGACCCUUCUCACGGACGUGACCUCGACCACCAACGCAACCAUGGUGCUGUUCAACGCUCAAAUGGACUCCGUUGCAGGUUUCAAUACGGCCGCCAUGCAGCAACAGGCUGCCCAGCUGAAGAACAAGCUGGCUGCCGGUCCGCAGCUUUCGGCGAAUGUGACGAAAACGGUGACCGAUGCGGUAAACAAGGCCUACGGAACACUGGAGAAAUGCGUUAACGACGCGGUUAAGGAGGCCGUUGGUGAUCUUGACGAUAAGAGCAACCCGGUUAUCAAGAGUUGUCUGGUGAUUGCUUAGGUAAUUUCAUGAAA